CUCUUUGGCAACCCGCACGUUCUGACCACGGUCACACACCCACGCAAGCCUCUCCCUCCCCACCACGAAAACCAAACCCCACGCAACCUCUACCACGACCGCCAGCGCACACAACGCACACACCACACACACACAGCCAGCCAGACAGGCAGCAGCAGGCAGGCAGCAGCAGAAGAAGAAGAAGACGUCCCGGCGGUAGGCACAGUCGCCAAUGAGUGGCGGCGUUGGGCAGUGCCGGUGGGAAUCUGCGCUGCGUCGGGAAGAGAACGAGAAGAAGAAGGAGGAGGAGGAAGAGGAGGAGGAGGAUCGCUCGGUCACGAGCCCGGCACAGAACCAACCCCCCCUUCAAAGUUCCCGGCACAGAACCACCCAACCUCUCCCUCCCUCCUUCCUAAAGUUCCCGGCACUUGGCGGCGGAGCUGAGCGGCAUCGGGGUCCCGGGGUUUGCGAGCUUGGGCCACGGGGGCUCGGGCUGAUGCAGGAUGGCGGCCCAGAGGAUCCGUGCCGUGCAGGCGGCCGACAUGUCCCGCAGUCACUCGGAGGGCGACCUCAUCGACUUUGACGCCGACGACGAAUUCUCCUCAAAGCGACUCUCCGACAGCAUACCCGCGAACGCGUCAUCGCCCUUCGCCAAGAGCUCGGUGUGCGAGGUGGUGGCCGUGCGUGACUUCUCGCCGGGCGCCUUCCCCGCGCUGUCCAUGCAACGCGGCGACCGCCUCUCCGUGCUCGACACGGCGGGGCCCGAGUGGUGGUACGCGCGCAAUCGCCGCUGUGCCGGCUUCAUCCCAGCGUCCCACGUGCGCCCGGUCGACGGGGCGGCGCCCCUGCGUCGUGCGCUCGCAGACAGUGGCAUGGUGGACUCGGGCGAGGGGGACAGCGUGGAGAGCGAAACGGAGGGGUCCUCCGGCGAGGGGCGGCCUCGUGCAGAGGCGCCCGGCCGCGCGGAAGGCGCCGUCGCGCCGACGGAAGUUUCGCCGGCGGAGCGGCCGACGCUUGCGACCGGCGACGCCGGGGACCGCCACUCCUGCGCCAGUACGGGUGACCUACUGCUGGAGCGCAAGAUGGGGAACAACCCGUUUCUGCAGAGCGCUUACAUCUCGAACCCAUUUCUGAGUGAUAUUAUGACUCCAAGCCCUUCAGACGGUUUCCACAAAGCUGAAAAUACGUCUGCCGAAAAACUGUUGUUUGACUUCGAUUCCAAAAUGGUUCUGAGAAACGGUGUCGUGAGCGCAGACUCUGAACCGCAAAAUAACAUCGCGUCAAGUGGCAUUUACAGUUCCAACGACGUCUUUGCAGUGGACAACUCUGAUGCCUUGGUGUGUAUGGACUUGAACAUGGAAAAACUUCUGAGCCGGCAGAUGCGAUCUGGCAAUGGCCAAAAGCCCAGCAGACACGAUAGCGGGAGGAACAACAAACAGAGGUCGCACAGCCUUUCGGAGCUGAGUGCCAUGCAAGCCACGCAAGCGGGGCAGGACAUGAUGGACUUCCUGGACCCACUGGGCAAACCCCUCUCCCAGGACUAUGGUUCGCUCCACGACCGAGAGGCCUACCGGACGGCCUGGCUGCAGCAGCGUCAGAUGACGCGGUCGUGCCACAACCUGGGCGCCCUGUGCCGCAACCCCGGCUGGGGCCAAACGCAGCCUCUCCAGACCCAGGCUGUGUUCCGGCUGGAAAGCUCGGGGGGCUCCGUGCAGGUACCCGAGACGUCCGUGAAGCUCCACGCGGCGCCUCUGCCGGCGACCUCUCGUCUGGACGAUGACGAUGGUGCCGGCGUCACCAGGGAGGUCAGACUCAGGGCCCUGCUUGACCCGCCAAUCAAGCUGAGCGGAGACAUGAUGACGGCCGUCAGCCCCGUGGUAGAGGUGCGGCUUGUUGGCCACCCGGUGCUGAACCCACUGAUGCUGGAAAUGAGGGUGGCGGCUCACGUGAAGGAGGAUCCGCUGAGCCAGAAGUGCGCUGAAAUUGUGUGCCUGGGUGCAGAAAAUCCCGAGGGCCCCUACGCCCUCCUGCCCGAAUCCUAUGUCCAUGGAGACAUCAUUCGUGUUCAACUGGACAAUAAAAGCCAUUGUGUCUAUGUGGUCGCAGUGGCACAGUUGAAGUGCAAUGGUAGUUCACUUCCGUGGGAUGCCCCGCAAGAUGCGGAGAGCAUCAAAGAGGCCCUGGUUAGCCAACCACGUGCAGUAUCUGAAACCUCGUCAACGGAGCAGCAGGUUGUUUCACAGAUGGCACAGAAUGCAAGCGGCAGCCAAAGUUCCCACGCAGGAAAAACAAUAUGGGAUUUCAUUCAAAGACAGAUGACACUGGCAGUCUACGGGCCAAAGCACCUGCACCCGACCUUCACUCUAGUGCUUGCACUGUUUGGUCACUUCGAGGCUCCAUCUACUCUGCCUUCAACAGACACCAACUGGGAAGGCAAAGUGGGAAAGAAAAGCCACCAGCAGCCAAUUGGGCUGACUCUUUGGGGGAAACACGAAUUCACCUUGAACAGGCCACAGAACGUGGACGUGUCGCUGUUUUCCAGCGAGCAAAAUGUGCAGGUCACUGGCUCCAAAUCGGGAUCCGCCAAGAGCUGCUGCACCGUGCGGGGCUUUCAGCUACGCCUGGGCCGCGUGUGCCGCAUGGCAUUCCAGCUUUCAUAUCACGACUCGUCGGUAGGCCUCGCCGCGUUUGCACUGCGGGCGCAGCUGCACACCGACGCCCAGGAGCUGCUUACUCAGUUCAGCGUGACGACUCCACCAGCUACAGCGCCUGGCAAGGUGCCGGCACCGCGGCGCUUUGUCAAACGCAAGGAGCUCGGCAGAUCCUUGCUCUCCUCCAUCUCCUCGGCGCCACCCUCAUUCACGGUGCUCGCACCUCGGUCUGCUGAGCCAGCCACCUUUCAAGAGCAUGACUUCGUGAUGCCUAUGUGUGCCACAGCCCUAAAGACAAUCGUGCGCCAGACCAAGUUCAUGUACUUUUUGGAGUACAGGAAAGGAGCCACCAUUGGGCUGUUGAGCAAGGAGAAGAUCCGGGCCAGAGGCCAUGCAAAGACCAAGGAGUGGUACGUGGGCUACACGAACGGCUGCGUAGGGCUGGUGCACUGCAAAAACUUGAAGCUGCUACCAGACAACGAGCAGGUGGCUCCAUCGGAAGCCCCGCACGUGAACACCGCCACCCUCCUCGAGCUCCUGCUACGCCCCUGCCACUCCCUCAACUUCAGCUGGUCCACAGUGUCCACGAAGGUGGCAGAGGGGCUGGCUGACUGGCGGCCGCUAGCCCGGGUGCUGGGCUACCGCGAGGAGGAGAUGGAGGAGAGUUUUGUGGAGGAGGAUGUGGACCGAGUGUCUGCCGUCCUGGAGAAGCUCAAGGGUGACUGCGCAGGUGGUGACGGGAAGAGGAGGUGCUUCUUGAAGGAGCUGUUUUCUGCCCUGCUGCGCCUGGACCAGCAUGCCGUGGUGGUGCGCGUGCUGCUCGACUGCGUGCUGCUCACGGUGUCCGUGGACCUGGGCGCCCGGUGGCGAGAGCUUGCCGCCCACUUGGCCAACGUCACACGGCAGCAGGCCGAGGCCUACGAAGCCCCGCACUGCCAGGACGGGGUCCUCCUGCCUGAGACGGUGUGGAAGCCGGCGUUCGACUUUCUGGUGACGUGGAGCGGGUCGUCGCGCGAGGGCUACUGGGACACACUGCAGGAGAUGCACACCGCGCUUGACCGCACGCGUGGCAGCGGGGCGGCGCGCGGGGACCGCGCCCUCACCGGCGUCCUGCUGCUCGCUCACGGCCUGGACACGCUACGAGCGCACGCCUUCCCCGUCGCCGAUGGGUGACCCGCUCCUCUUUUUGUCAUCGGGCCUUUGCGCUGCUGAUGAAGCUUGAGUGAAGUUGUGAAACCUGUUCAGCCUUUGAAUUUAUGUGUGUUGAACUUCUUUCGCGGCGUUGUAUAUACACUCACGGCCUGGACACGCUACGAACGCACGCCUUCCCCGUCGCCGAUGGGUGACCCGCUCCUCUUUUUGUCAUCGGGCCUUUGCGCUGCUGAUGAAGCUUGAGUGAAGUUGUGAAACCUGUUCAGGCUUUGAAUUUAUGCGUGUUGAACUUCUUUCGCGGUGUUUUUUAUAUAUAUAUAGCCAGCCGUGCUAAUCGGGCCGUGCUAAACACCGCAAGGAUACAUUGAUGUGCAAAGUCGAUUGAUCGAUGGAUUCAAUGCCGUUUAGUUUUGGCGUUGAGACGAGAACCCCCCUUUCCUGCGAAUAUACAGACUGGAAAAAGUUCGCCACAUUUACCUUGAAUUCUGCCGACAAGUAGAAAACUGUAAGCCAGUGUUUUAGGCAAUAACGUUGAGAAUUAAGCCGCUGUUGAAGGCAAUGGCCAGAAGAGGAACCAUUUCCUAAAAUGUUAGUGUAUAUUUCAGUUAAAAGGCAGUGGUGAUGACAAUUGUAAUGAUGAGGUGUUUUCAGUCUGUGCUUGUACACUGCUGCCAACGCAGUUGUCUAAGGUUUAUUUGUAUGCUUUAUUUAUUUACUUUAUAGCAUCCACAGUUCACCUGGAUGGUGCAUAAUUAUUAUAAACGACUUGUAGUGC